AUGCUGCUGGCGCUGGUGGGCAACGGGCUACUCUUGCACCGUCUGCGCUGCGGGGGCUGCUGCUGCUGCUGCGGGGGCCGCUUCGGAGGGCGGCGCAAGAUGGAUUUCCUCUUGGCGCACUUGGCUAUAGCCGAUCUCUACAGGUGCGGGCUGGCGCUACUCUCCCAGUUGCCUCCGCCCGGGGUAGGAGCGGGGGACGCGGCGUGGCCUGCAGGGGACGCCACGUGUCGCCUGCUGCGGCUCCUGCAAGGCUCGGGGCUGCUGGCGCCCUCGCUCAUGCUGGUUCUCAUCGCACUGGAGCGACACCACUUGGUGAGGAGCCCCACGCACUCGCUCCCCUCCUCCAUGCCAGCCCGGAGCGCCCUGGCCGCGCUGGGGUGGCUGCUGGCGCUGCUGCUCGCCCUGCCGCAAGCCUUCGUGUACAGCCUGGCCCCGCCGCAGCCCGGAGGCCGCUGCCUCAGCAUCUUCGCGCAGCGGCCCCGCUGGCACGGCCAAGCUUACGCCGUGUACGGGGCCCUCACCAGCUUCGUGGCCCCCGCCUGCCUGCUGGGCGGGACCUGCGGCCGUAUCCUUUGGGCUCUCAGCGCCUCCCGCGCCAAGGAGGAGGAGCCAUCGCGGGGGGCGGCCGGAGGCAGCGCCCGCCAGUACCGCACGGAGCUGCCUGGUGUCACCGCUCCGGCUCCGCCAGCCCCGGCGCCGGUCCCGAUACUGCUGCGGCUUUUGCCAGUCGCCAAAUGCGUGUUCCCCUCGCCGCCCGCGCCCCGAAGCCUGCCCCGCGCGCGAGCCCGGGCACUGCAGCUGACGCUAGCGCUGGCCACGCUCUUCGCCCUCUGCGGUUUCCCGCGCUUCGUGCUGGAGCUCGGCUUGGCGUUUGCGCCCCCUGGGAGUAGCGGCGACGACGCCCAGCCGAGCCUGGGCAGCAUCAUGGCAGCCACCAACAGCGCCCUCAACCCCUACGUGUGCCUCCUUUUCCACAGCCACCGGUCCUGGGCGCGGCGCCUCCAGCGCAGCCUCUGCCGCUGCCCCGACGGACAGCCCCGACGACGAGCUCGUCACCGCCACGGUCCGCCACCGCAGGCAGCCGUGGAGCGCACAGCGUUCUGGCUGUGCCCCUGCCAGAGUAAGGCAUCCAGUGUCUCCACGGCCGUCCAGCGAGAGGACCCUGAGACCCGGGCUGCCUCACUCGCUUGCGAGAGCGGAUUCUAA